GCAAGGCCUUUCUCGAAGCCUGAACUUGAUGUGAAUUAUCCUUUCAUAUAAAACGGUGACGAACAGAUUGGGGUCCCUUCAUUCAGGCAACAUUAUCAGGAAACAUUUUGAUUCUUGAAAUGACCCUUGAAACAGUAUCGGCCCUCACUGGAGUCAAUGGCACGGCUUUCAUGAGUUUUAACCACACCUUCGAUCCUCCUGUAGUGGUACCCGUUCUCGGUACAGCGGAUUCUGGAACAAUCGACAAUGUACUCAUGGUGCAAGGCACUAUCAACUCCCUUAAUAUCAUUCCUCUUGGAGAACUUGAUAUCCUGGAUAUGAAUAUCACUGCCCGUAUCGGGUCGCUCGGUGGUAUCGGGGGUAUACCUCUGCCAUUCAACGGGCUGACGCAAAGUGAUGUUCCCACUACGUACAGCCUACAAACUCUUAGUGUUUGAAAGUGGGUACGCUGAGAACAUGGCAUUCAACGUCAAGUAUGAUUCUAGCAGUCGCAGGAUCUAUGUAGUCAAUUUCUUGUCCCAAUCUCAUCAAUGUUUCAAACUCGAACAUCACUAAGUACAUACUCCUCAGCGUGGUAGAACGACGUGUUUGUUUUUGUGUCACAACCCAUGACUAAAUAUUGAA